AUCUCUGGUGGUUUGUGAUGUUGCUGAAGACCUGGUGGAGAAACUGAGAAAAUUCCGGUUUCGUAAAGAAACCAAUAAUGCUGCCAUAAUAAUGAAAAUCGACAAGGAUAAGCAGUUGGUGGUACUGGAUGAGGAGCAUGAGGGUAUUUCUCCCGAUGAGCUAAAAGAUGAGCUGCCCGAGAGACAACCUCGAUUUAUUGUGUAUAGUUACAAGUACCAGCAUGAUGAUGGAAGAGUUUCUUAUCCAUUGUGCUUUAUCUUCUCCAGUCCAGUUGGAUGUAAGCCUGAACAGCAGAUGAUGUAUGCUGGAAGCAAGAAUAAGCUUGUACAGACAGCUGAACUCACUAAGGUAUUUGAAAUAAGAAAUACAGAAGACCUAACUGAAGAAUGGCUGCGUGAGAAACUGGGCUUCUUCCAUUAAGAAAACCUCUGUGAUAAGUAUUUAUGUACCAUCCUGAUAAUACUGGAACCAGACAUGAAUACUUACAGCUAAGAAAUGCACUGUAUUUACAUCUGUCUCCUGCAGUAUAUCUCUUGUGCAAAGUUUGUGCAAAGAAUAGCAGGUCUGUCUCCUUGAAGUAACAAAUCUUUGCAGAUGUUUCCUUAUUUGUACCAGUUAAAAGGGAAUACUUCUCUACAGGGACUUCUUUUGCACUCUUGUGACUAAUAUUUCUAUAACUAAAAUAGUUCCAUUCUGGAUUUGUAACUAUCUGCAAACACAAUUUGGAAGCUGACGCUAACUUUUCUGAGCUA